GUGAACACUGCUCAUUCUGUCAUGUCUCUCCGAUUUUCUAGUGGGUCCAGGCAUAUUCGCUUAUGGUCUGGAACUGGAUCUAUGAGACCACCCAGUGGAGGCUCAGGCUUUGUGGGCAGCAAUGCAUGUGGCAGCUCUGUUGCUGGAAGUGGAUUUUCCUGUGCCUUGGGAGGGGGCCUGGGCAGUGUUCCUGGGGGGCACCAUGCUAGUGGUGUCCUUGGAAACGCCACUUGUUCUGGCUUUGCUGGAAGUGAAGGGGGACUUCUGUCUGGAAACGAGAAGGUGACCAUGCAGAAUCUUAAUGACCGCUUGGCAUCCUACCUGGAUAAUGUGCGAGCUCUGGAGGAGGCAAAUGCUGAACUAGAGAGGAAAAUCAAGGGUUGGUAUGAUAAAUACGGACCAGGAUCUUGCCGUGGACUUGAUCAUGACUAUAGUAGAUACCACCUAAUCAUCGAGGAUCUUAAGAAUAAGAUUAUCUCUUCCACUACUGCUAACGCUAAUGUAAUUCUGCAUAUUGACAAUGCCAGACUGGCUGCUGAUGACUUCCGGCUAAAGUACGAAAAUGAGCUCGCCCUUCACCAAAACACGGAGGCGGACAUCAACGGGCUGCGGCGAGUCUUGGACGAACUCACGCUCUGCAGAACCGACCAGGAGCUGCAGUACGAGUCCCUGAGCGAAGAGAUGAGGUACCUCAAGAAGAACCAUGAAGAGGAAAUGAAGGCACUGCAGUGCGCGGCCGGCGGGAACGUGAACGUGGAGAUGAACGCGGUGCCCGGGGUGGACCUCACGGUCCUGCUGAACAACAUGCGGGCCGAGUACGAAGCCCUGGCGGAGCAGAACCGCAGGGACGCGGAGGCCUGGUUCCACGAGAAGAGCGCCACCCUGCAGCAGCAGAUCUCCGACCACGCGGGCGCGGCCACCUCGGCCAGGAACGAGCUGACCGACAUGAAGCGCAGCUUGCAGACCCUGGAGAUCGAGCUGCAGUCCCUCCUGGCAAUGAAACACUCCCUGGAGUGCUCCCUGACCGAGACGGAAGGCAACUACUGUGCGCAGCUCGCCCAGAUCCAGGCUCAGAUCGGGGCCCUGGAGGAGCAGCUGCAUCAGGUCAGAACCGAGAUGGAGGGCCAGAAGCUGGAGUAUGAACAGCUCCUCGACCUCAAGGUCCACCUGGAAAAGGAGAUUGAGACCUACUGCCGCCUGAUUGAUGGAGAUGGGAACUCAUGCUCCAAAUCAAAGGGCUUUGGAUCAGGAGCCUCAGGGAAUUCACCUAAAGAAUUAUCCAAAACCACACUGGUAAAGACAGUGGUUGAAGAGAUAGAUCAACGUGGUAAAGUUCUUUCAUCAAGAGUUCACUCCAUUGAAGAAAAGACAUCUAAAAUGACCAAUGGUAAAACAGAGCAAAAAGUUCCAUUCUAG